AUUCUAAGUGGUGGGUUCUCCAAUGUCCAAUCAUCGGCGUUAACCCUCCACCCCCCCCCCCCUUUUCUUUUUCUAAUUUAAUUUAAUUUUCUCGCUAUUUUUGCCUGCUUUAGCCAAGAAAAUCAAAUUGUUCAAUUUCCUGAAAUGCUUCAAGAACACCACCUCCACCACCACCACCACCAUCAACAACUCCUUUCUAUCCAAUUUCGAUCGAUAGGGAGAAACAAAAAGAAAUCUUAAUCUUCUAAAAUUAUUUUCAUUCCUUUUCUUUUUAAGAUUCGAGAUCGAUCGAUUGAAUCGGAGUUCUUUUUAGUUUUUUUUUUUUGUUUUUAGAUUUGAAUUUGUAUAUAAAUUCAAAAGGUAGGAGGGGAUUGGAGAGGGGAGAACAAAAAUUAAAAAGAAGGGCCGAAAGUGCAGGCAAUUUGGCUGAAACAUGUCUGCAAUAGUUUCAGGGAAGAGAUCUUUCUUUGAGGAAUUGAGUUCGACACCUCCUGCUUCUAAGAGAAUCCGUUGCUCUUCUCGUUUUACUUCUUCUUUCUCUCCUUCUUCUUCGCCUCCAUCGCCUCCGUCGUUUUUGAUCGAUCAAUUGAUUUCUAUUUUUCCUCACAUGGAUAAGCAGGUCCUUGAGAGAGCACUUGAAGAAUGUGGAGAUGAUCUGGAUUCAGCCAUUAGAAGCUUGAAUGAGCUUUGUUUAGGAUCUGCCGAUAGAAAUGCAGCUGCUGCUGAUAAAACUGGUGUCGAGUUAGAAGGAAAUGUUCAAAUUCAAACCCAAGGUAUAACAGCUAAUGGAGAUGUUCCAACUAAGGAACAAACAUCUCCAGAAGCCUUCUCAAUGGAUGGUUCAGAUUGGGUGGAGCUUUUUGUUAGAGAAAUGUUGAAUGCUUCCAACAUCGAUGAUGCCAGAGCUCGUGCUUCUAGAGCACUGGAGGUUUUCGAUAAGUCCAUCCAUGCUCGUGCCGGAGCAGAGGUGGCCCAAAACUAUCACCAGGAAAAUAUGAUGCUGAAAGAACAACUGGAAACACUAAUUCAGGAAAAUACUAUUCUCAAGCGAGCUGUUGCUGUUCAACAUGAGCGCCAGAAAGAAUAUGAAAAUCAAAGUCAAGAAUUACAGCAUCUGAAGCAAGUAAUAUCUCAAUAUCAGGAGCAGUUGAGAACCCUUGAGAUAAACAACUAUGCAUUGACAAUGCACUUGAAGCAAGCACAGCAAAGUAGUAACAUCCCAGGGCGUUUCAACCCUGAUGUUUUCUAGUAAGUGUUUUUGCUGAUAACUUGGUGUGAAAUCUGUGCUUCAAUCUUUAGCUAUUUUAAUUUUAAAGUUUGUAUUGUUCUCUUUGCAGAAUGGUAUAGGCUGCAGUUAAAAGAUAUGCCUUCGAUUUUUUUAUAAACAAAAAAAAAAAAUACAUGAAUGGUAGUUUAUUUUCCCAAUUAUAUACUUGAAGUGGAUAUUUGAUAGUAGAAAACAUUUGUAGGCUUUAUAUGCAUGGAGUUUAACCUUUGUUUGU